AACAUGUGUUUAUAACAGCAAGUACACAUUGCUGACCUGCCCAUUGAGUGACCGUCGCAACAAUGAACUCCAUUUGCCAUUCCCUUUUGCUCCUUCUGGCCCUAUCUCAUGCUCAACCAUUGACUUUGGUGGAGCUUGAGGCUCGAAGUGAAUGUCAACCAGGUUGGAUCGAGCUCCCCGGAUAUGGUUGCUAUCUCUUUGACUUGAAUUGGAGCUUGGACUGGCUUCAAGCUGCUCGGAAUUGUCAGAAACUCGGCGGUCAUUUGGUAGAGAUCGAGACUCAAGAUGAGCAGAACGGUCUCACAUCCAUUGCCAGGAUCAUUGGCGAGGACUUCUGGAUUGGACUCACGGACAUUGGCCAUGACGGCAAUUAUAGGUGGAUGUAUUCUGGCAACGAGGUCUCCUACACGAAUUGGGCGGCAAACGAGCCCGAUGGAGGCAUCCCACAAUCGUGUGUGAUGAUGUUUUCUGGCUAUGGAUACGACUUCGGAUGGACGGAUAUUAAGUGCACAGAAUGGAGCGCUCAUCCUUUGUGCGAAGCCAACUACUAUCAAGGUCGAAAAAUGUAUUGAAAAUCCAUUCCAAAAGAGAGAAUCAUAGGGACUGUCAAGCUUUCACUUCACGUUUUCAUGAAUAUAUUGACGAUUAGUUUUCAUCCUCCCAACA